GUUAAAGAUAGAAAAAUUAACAGAGGAAGAACACAUACUGUCUUACUUUGCCAGAGCCUGGCUGAUCCACCAGAUUUUCACUCUCUAAGACAGAUUUUGCUGUAUUUGUGCUUUUUUCAUCUCCCCCUGAGGAGUCUUAACUCAAAGCAAUCACAAGACACCCAUCUCUGCCUGCUGCUUCCUGAGCUGCUAGUUAUAUCUUCUUCCUGCCUUACUGCUUCUCUACCCAUUUUAAUCUUUUUUUAACCUAGAGGCUGCCUUCUGCUUCUAAAAUGAUAACCAUUUCAUCUGGAAGAGUCUAAACAUGUAAAAGCAUUUUCAUUUCUGUUGAGUUUACUUUCAUUUACUCUCUCCUUUCUAUUGAAAUCAAGCAGCAUAGAGUACUGUAUAGAGAGCAAAGCCUGCAUUCCAUCCAGUUUGAAGUAUUCUUAAAAUACAGUACUGAAAAAGGAAGAGACACACUUCAAGGAAAUGCUGAGCUGCUCAUGACACCAAAGACGGUGCACAUUUAUGGACUUGGUUUUCUGAGCCAUUUCCAGAAACCUGAAUGGAUUACAAUGCUAUUUUAACAAGGCUGCUGGCAUCCAUCGACAGCUUUCACCUACAGGGGCAGUUAAGAGAUGGAAGAAUGUAAUUAUUUUCAUGUAAGCUAAAUUCCAGUUGCUGAUUGCCAUGAGAGGGAAUACCCUGAAAACUUUGAUGGUUUAAACUUCUUAAUCACCUGCCACCAAACAGUCCCUCUGAUGACACCGCGGAUCUGAGAAUGAAGAACUUCUUAGAACUGAUUGGAAAUGGCAUUGCUGAGCUGAAACGUAACUCGAGGAAAUAUAUCUCCCGAAGAAGAAAAUGUAAUGCGUUUUAAGGAUCUGACUUCCGGUGAAAAUUUCAAGCCUAGAGAAAACUUGUCCGCUUUGUUAGAAAGAAUGGGUUGGACAAUUUUCUUCAGUUCCAAAGGAUAUCUGAAUGCCAUGCUGAGCAUAAUCUCUGCAGCAUGCUCUGUGAGUCUCUUCUCUUCCUGAUGCACUGCAUGGUUUGCCUGAGGCAGAGAAUAAAGAAACUGGCCACCAAGAUGGUAAUCACUAGUGGAAAUGAAGAAGAUAAAGGCAAUCAAGAAAAGGAGAGCAAAGAAGAAAGCAUUUUGGCAAUGCUUGGGAUUAUUGGGACCAUUCUGAACCUCGUUGUGAUCAUUUUCGUGUACAUUUACACAACAUUGUGAACGUUGGCAUACAAAGAGAACAGACAAAACAACCGUGAAAGGUGACAACAAACAUGGCAGGUUAUUGACAUGCUGUUUAAUCAGAAUUGACUCUGUACUACAUUAACACAUCAUAAAAGCACUGCCUGUGGGCAGCAAAAGCUGAAGCACAAUUAAUUUAACAAGAAUUUUCCAAACAGCAGCAAGUUUGCUCUUCUGUCCUGGCCCUAUCCAUUUCUGUUUUUUGGUUUGGGGGGAAAUGACUGCAAUUACAUAAGUUUCAGCUUGAAGAAAUCCACCUGGGAUAUAUAGUGUCACACAAUAGAAAGCGACUGUACACUAUAUACAGUUACAAAUGUAUACUAUAUAUUCUCAAAGAUCUAACUCAAAGAUAGCUGCAUAGCACAGAUUUUUUGUCUAUUAGGUCAAACAAUUCUUUUUUUUCUCCCUGACUUUAAUUUUGUUUACACUGAAGCUGACAAGCUUUUUAUUUAGAAGGACCAUAUGGUGCAAUCACGGAAAAACAAUUGCAUUGAGCAAGAUCUGCCUGAAAACAAUGACAUGUUGGGAGAAAUAACUUACAUGAUUAUUUUUCUUUCUCGUUUGCUUGACAUCUGUGUCUGUUCAUACCAAUGUUUAUAAAUAUAUAUUUUUAAUAAAUGUGCUAUAUUUUUAGCAUGAAACAACUAUUUGGAGACACUCUUGUAUUCAUACAUCCAGAUUUUGUUUGAUGAAGUGCCCUUUUUGACAAUGGAUGUUAUGCUCUUCAGCAAUUAUAUAGCAAUCCUAUUUGCAGCCAUUUCAUUUUGGUCUAAAGCAAACUCUCAUCAUGCUCAUAUGCAUGACUUGAAGUUGGAAUGUCAUCUGAAAAGCAUUGCUUUUUAAUACAAGAGACAGGAAAACAUUAUAAGGUGACCUUUGUAGAAGGGUUGCAGAGACAUGGCUCUAUUUAUAGAAAAAUGACAAAUAAAAGAAUAGUAGGAUAUCUAACAAAUCCACAAAAUACUGGCUUCUCAAAACCCUAUCACAUUUUAUAAAUACCAUCAUGUCGAGAAGAUCAAGGUUCUUUAAUGAAACAGUUCAAGGCAUAACAGGAACCAGUGGCUAGGAUCUGAAGGUAGAUAAAUUCAAACUAGAAAUAAAGACACUUUUUUUUUAACCUGCGAAGUUAACCUUUUACAUUUAAUUGGCCAAAGAAUGUCUGUCUAAAAACCAAGCCCUGGCUCAACCUAAAGUUAUGACCUUGAUGCAGGACUCACAUGACGAAAAUCUGUGAUCUGUGUUUUGUAGAAGUUCACACAAGAUCAUAGUUUUCUUUCUGAACAUUAUGAUUCUAUGGGUUGUUAAGAAUUAGAUCCCAGUCCUACUCUCAAAUACCUAGGUGCAGCUCCCAUUGAUUUAAGUAUAUUAUCUGGGGGUUUAACUAGAUUCUGGAUAAGUUGGAAAAUUGAUUUGAACUGAAUUAUGGAUCAAGGGGUAUCCUCUGAUAUGCAUGUAGAACCCACAUGAAAACAAAUGAGAGUUGCUGUAGUGCCUGAUCCAAUGCUGGGUAUCAUCCAGUGAUGCUCAGUUGGAUGCUGUAGCACCGUGGGAUGCCAUGAGACACUUCCAAGGGUGCUACACUGUCCAGUCUCUGUGUCAAAAGGAAAACAAUCACUCCUACUCCUGCCUGGGGCCAGCACCCAAGCAUACUUAAGACAAGUGAUGCCUGCAGCUGCUCCCCACGCCCCAGCAGCACCCGCCCCAGUCAUCCAUCUGUUCCCAGCAGUGCACUCUGCUAUAUGCAAAACAGGAUGGGGAGACAUGAAGCUGCUUUUUUCAGUCUGGCUCAUCCCUUCCCUGCUCCCACACUCCCAGGGCUGGCAGGAAGGGCCACAGGUGCAUGUGGUUCCAGUUGCCUGUAUGCAAGUUGCUGGAGGAGAAGGUGUGGCAGUGGGAGCUACUCUUUCCCCUUCAGGCGCACACCAGGGGCAGGGAGGGGGCAGAAUAUGGAAAAAGCAGGAAAUGAUGUAGUCAUGUCCUGCUCUUGCCAUCCUCACCUAGCAUCAGCUAGAUUUUAGCUCAGUGUUUCGCAACAGGGUGUAUUGAAUUCCAGAAAGUUAUGGAGGGGUGUCAUGAGGCUAAAAAGGUUAAGAACUGCUGCUGUAAUCAAUGGAAAGGCUCCCAUUGACUGCAGUGGGCUUUUGAUCUAGACCCUAACCCUUGAUACCCCACUUUUGAGGUAAGUAACCUUUCUCUUGGUUUUGUGAUUCAAGACAGGCACUCAGCAGCACCUGGAGAGGUGCUGACUCUUGUGAGAUCAAGCCCUCAAGGACAAAUCUAUUAGGAAAAAGAACAAGGUCAGGGGAUACAUUUAAAUGAAAGCCAAUACAAAAGCCUUAAGUGGAAGAGCAGAAAGAACUGCUGGAUGGACAAAAGUGACAGGCUAAUGGAGACCUGGAGUGAGAGCAUAAGUAGAGGUCUGACUAAAAGUAGGACACGAAAGCAAGGAGGAUCCAAGCAAUCAAGGGUGUGCAGGGAGUCAAUCUUUAGUGUUUGAAAAGUGCUUUGUGAAUGGCAGAUCUAUGGACCUGAGGAACUAGUACUGAGUGAUGUGUUUGUCAUCAGUGUUUAUAACUCCUCGGGCAGGUUGGUGCUGCAUCUUGUUUUAGUCAUUUCAAAGUGUUGGCAGGACAUUGGGAGCCCAAAUAGGGCCCUUUUUAUUUACUCUGAAUGAAAAGGGAAUGGAUAAAUAGUACAGGCCUUGGUUCUGCAGCCCUUAUUCAGGCAAAAACUGUUUUGAUAGAGGUUUCCUUCGCUUUAACUGGGUUCUGUAUGUGUGAAUUUGCUCUUAUGCAAUGACCCUUUUUAUACCAAAAAUUCAUUACAUGUGAGGUAAAUUCAGUCUUGUGUGAUUGGUGUGGUGGAAGCCUGCAGUCAGCUGCUUUGUGCAGUGCAUUGUGGGAGAGAUGUGCACCAAAAUGUAGUCUCCUGUGUGGAUCUGUGCCCCUCAUUUGUAGUCUGCUACAUGUGUUUCUGUAGUUGCCACCCCCAUUAUGGCUUCUAAGUGUCCUGCUAGCUUAUCUCCUACGUCUCCCUGGUUCAUCAGUUAAGCCUACACCACCCUUUCUUCACACCAGCUAAACAGUCACCACCACCCUGUGCUUGUUCAUAAUAUCUGCUGUUGGUGAGUGCCAAAAUUGUCUUGUAAAAGUGGUAGAAAUGGGUCUGGGGGUCAGUACAGUCAAGGUCUUGGAACGUAUCCCUAUUUUUUACAUUGUAAAGUGGGUUCCCUUUAUGUGAAUUUGAGUUAUGUGCCAUUUUCCAGGAAUGCAUGUACAGCGUAAAGCGAGGUAAACCUGUAUAUGGCAGGAAAUACCUGCCUCUUUGGCAGUGCCCUCCCAAAAUAUAAGCUCCAAACUUCCCCAACAGGCCAACCUGCUUCCUCCUUUUGGGGACUUCCAUUAUUGACAACCAUGUCUAUUCACAGUCUCCUGCACCCUUCCCCAAAUCCUCCAGCAAAUAUGAAGGGAUGAUUCCAAAACUCUUUGGCCUCUCAUUGAAUAUGGACAGCUCAUAUCUCAGUGCAGCCCUGAUAGGAUGGGACUUGUAAGUUGAACCUGCAGUUUUUAAACACCAAUAGUUUGCCUUAGCAUCAAAUGUCACACAAAGCCAAUACAUGCAGAACCUGAUUCUUGGAGCUGUAUUAAGGCAGAGACAGCAAUGCCAAUGCCAAACAUACGUGAAUCAGUAGUCAGGCCUCAAGAAAUCUUGGGAUUAAUUUACAAACCAUGGAUUUUUUAUUUUAUUGUAUUUGCAAUUAACACACAUGGUAUACUUUUUAUUUGCCUUCCAGUUUUUUGAAUCCUUCAGUUUCGAUGCAAAAGGCCAAAAAUUCUUUUAUAAAAAGAAAAGCUGAGAGUAUGUUUUACAACUGUAUGAGUUCAGCAGAUGGGCCAUUACAAAAAAACCUACAGAUAUUGUAAAACUCAAUAAAAUAAUGAACAUUGGUUAUACUGUAGAACAUAUUUAUUAUUGCUUACCAAGUAAAGUAAAGCCAUGAAAACCAUUUCAGAGGCUAGAAGAGCUCUGUACAUGUGUAAAGACAAACUAUGACUUUGUGCUUGGGAAAUUUUGAGUUUGUAUUUUACAAAUACUUUGUGUAAAAGCCUGCUGCAGCUCUCAGUGAAGUCAAUGGGAAUCAAGUUUCACAGUCAACAACCUCAGUAGCAGGUCCCAAGAGAGAAAGGAAGGGUGGCCUUGUGGCUGAAGUCUUAUACUGAGAAUCAAGCAAAUGUGGGGGAUAGCUCUGUUUCUGCUUCAUACUUCUCCAUGUUGAUGGCAUGUAGAGGGCCCUAAACCUCUCCCUGCUUCAGGUGAUAAUGCUUCUUACAGAGGUAUCAUGAAACUUAAUGAAAGAUUUUUUAAUGUGCUUUGGAAAUAUUUGCUGGGGAUGUUAAAAGAGUGUGAAGAGAUCUGAUUGUAGCAUUUGUGUUAAACAUAUAAUGCCUACAUUGUAAAACAGCAUACCGAAAUAGCCAAGUUUAAAUUAACUGUCUUAGUUGCUCAGUUUGCUUAUGCCCCUUGCAGACACUAGACUAGACAAACAUCACAAGAAGACAUCAAUAAUGGCCCCAAUGAACUCAACUGUUGAGAGCCUCAGCAGAUACCAAGGACUGAAAAGCCAUGCAAACGUUAACUACACCUCCUCUUUCUCCCUAGAACUAGACCACUCUGGGAAAGCUUAUGCUGCUAAAGUCUGUGCUGUACCUAUUCUUUUGGUGUCUUGUGUGGUUGACCUUAAAAUUUUCAGUAGUAUUAAACCAAUUUAGAAAGCUUUUUGGCUUGUUGAAUAUUAGCUUUGAUUUGUUAAUGUAGUAUGGGUCUUAAAGACAAACAUAUACAGUAUAUUCAGCUGUAUAUCCAGUAUACCCAUUUUUAAUUUCAUGGCUGUUUGUUGUAUGUCUAACCGUAAUAUUUUCUUUACCUAUCAAUGAAGCAAGACAGUUUCAUUUUAACAUAUGAAAAGUUUAACUUGCAUUUAUUUACCAUAUAUAUCUAUAUUCCUUAAUAUUUUUUACUUUAUUGGCUUCUGGUUGCAGAGAGAUUAUUCCUAGAACUGGGGAAAAUGCUGCUGAAUGGAUUCAUUAAGCAUGCAUUCAAAUAAAAAACAUGACUUUCCUUUGAGGGUA